UAAUACUGCCCAGCCUGGGAGGUUCCAAGGCGCAGAGGGUUCGAUUGCCCUGCAAGCUUCGGGUGGCCUUCCUGAGCUCGGAUAAACUGGCCAGUUGCCGGCAUUGCAAACCAAAGCAACAUUUUAAUAUCAGCUGACGGAGAGAUUUCAGGAGGGGCAAUAUUGGGCUUGUGUAAAAUCUGGCAGUUCGACAGAAAGAAGGAGACAUUUAAACUUGGCUGUGUUUGAACAGACGAGUUCAAAUCCCUUGCCGUACUCUGGGCAUUACCUACCGGAUCCGGGUGCCUAUGGAAAGCAGCCCCUUGGUGUGGCCCUUGAAUGUCUUUGUGUCUGGUGUGAUUAGGGAAAACGUCACGUAUUGAGGUGAAAUGGCUAUGCUCUGCAUCUACAAGUGCACGUUGUGCAGCCUGAGGAACCAAAUACUGCAACAGAGAAGCCUGUCCACAUAUACAUCUGUUUACAGAGUAAAUGAAGAUGAUAUCAAGGGAAAACUCGAGCAGCUCCGUGGUGGAUCUGUUGAUUUGCAGAAAGAUCAAAAUGGGAUUGCCACCUUGAUCAUAAACCACCCCGAACGAAUGAAUGCAUUUUCGGGGACAAUGAUGUUGGACUUCCGGGAUAGGGUAGAAGAGCUGGAGCAUUGGACUAAUGGGAAAGGUCUUAUUUUACGAGGUGCAAACAAUACGUUUUGUUCUGGCUCUGAUCUAAGAGCAGUAAAAGCAAUAUUAAACCCUGAGGAUGGAUUGAAGAUGUGCAUGUUCAUGCAGAAUACUUUGACAAGACUACUGAGACUACCUCUGAUCAGCGUUGCUUUAGUUCAAGGGAAGGCACUGGGAGGAGGAGCAGAAGUUGCUACAGCCUGUGAUUUCAGACUCAUGACUUCAGGAAGUGAGAUCCGCUUUGUUCACAAACUCAUGGGAUUGGUACCAGGAUGGGGUGGAGCUACCAGGCUGAUUAAACUGAUUGGAUAUCGGAAUGCUCUUAAGCUGUUGACCAGUGCCCAGCAUGUGGAUCCUGCAAUGGGGCUGAAUAUUGGUUUGGUUGAUGAAAUUUUAGUAUCCUCAGAUGAGGAGAGUUCCCUUAAAGAGGCACACAAUUGGCUGAAUCAAUACAUCAAGGGAUCUUCACAAGUUAUUAGAGCCAUUAAGAAUGUUGUAGUUUCAGGGAGAGAACUGUCACAAGAAGAAUCACUGAAAAAUGAAAAGAUUAUAUUUGGUACUCUGUGGGGCUCACCUGCUAAUCUGAAAGCAUUGGCUCAAGGAAUCAAACACAAGUAGUGUUGGCAAAUUAAACUAUUGUUAAUGUACUAAUCUAUCUGUUAGGUAAGCAGAGUUAGAUUGCAGUGUAUUGCUAUUUUGCAUUAUCAAAUGUUGAAUGACAUUUACCAUUUUUCUCAACAACUGGGAUUUGUGUAGUGCCUUCAACAUUCUAAAACAUUCCAAGGUGCUUCACAGGAAUAUUAUCAAAUAAAAUUUAACCAAGCCCCAUGAGCAGAUAUGAAGGCGUAUGACCAUCCAGGAGGAAUACUUAGAAAUUCUGAUGCACACUAAAGAAUCUGCUAAAGUGGGAAAGGUGUGUGGUGGUCAAGUUGUUUAACUGGGAGCUAGUGUAGGUGAUGAAUGAAGAGAACCUAGUAAAGGUUAGGAUAGUAAUUGGCAUUUUAAUUUUUUAAAUAGACUUUAUUUGCUCCCUAUAGUACAAACAACAAUCGAAAUCUGCUAUAAACCAUAACUGCAAUUUAAAAUAAUUAAUUGCUUCUAAAAUGCUCUUGGGUGUUCUGAGGGUGUGUAAGGCACUGUGUCAAUGUAAGUUAUUUACUUAAUCCCUCAAUCUAAAUGUAUAAUAAUCAUAGAACAUUUGUAUAAUACAUUUCUUGUGGGUGAUUUGUUCCAUUGUGUCAACUUAGUCCCUUUAUAACUUAGUUUUUGACAAUAAUAACCAAUAUUGUUAUCAUUUGUGAUGUUAUUUACUGCUCUUGGAUUUGAAGCACAGCUCAUCUGUUGGAAAUUUUUAAAAAAAGGGACAUUCUACAUAGCUACACUGCAUUCAAUUACAUACAUCCUAGGAAAAUACUUUGUGUGCAGUAGCGCAGAAUGUUUUGCGUCGGUCUUUGAGAUUGACAAGAUGCAGGGAGUGCCAGCACUGACAAAAGAUCAUCAAGCUGAAAUGAUAACUUGUUUUUCUCCUCUCUCUACUCUGACUGAGAUUUUCCACAUCUGAUUUUAUUUCAGAUUUCUAGAAUCUGCAGUUUUUUAAAAAUGUUUUCCAAUACCUAAAAGGGCUUGGUAGAUUAGAUGCUGAUAGUCUGUUACCCCACUUGGAAAAUCUAGAUCUUCAAGCCGUAGAAUAAAGGUUUGGCCACUUUAGACUGAAAAUGAGGUGAAAUGUCUUCACUGAGAGUUGUGAAUCUUUUUGAUUAUAGAUUUUGGAGAGUGGUGAGAUGGUGGGAACAAAGAGAAUUGUGUGAUGUGGGCAGUAGAACUGGAAACUGAGUUGGUGCCAGAUAUACCACGAGAAUGUGCUGUAACAGGAUAGAGUUGAAAUUCAUGUGGUCCUUAACUGUGCAACAUCAUAGUGGUAGAAGUUCAUUGCACACAAAUGGCAAAUAAAGCAAUACAUGUUUUCAUUCUCCAGACACUGUUUCGAAUUACUAGCUGGGAUGGAUACUCUACUUGCUUCAUGUGCUCCAACCACCCUGAGCUUCUACUAAGCUUUUAAACUCCCAAAAACUGAUUUGCAUGAGUGCUACAAAGAUGACCCUUGAUUAUCUUUGCAGAUCCUAACUUGUUACAUGCCUGUUCCAAGGACACUAAGUU